CCUCCCGGGCCGCGGGGCGUUUGUGGCGGCGUAUGCAGCUUCGGGCCGAGUGUCGGCGGAUUCCCACGGGCGCUGCGGGCGGCGCUCAGGCCCUCAGGGCCUCGGGAGGACGUGCGGCCGAAGCCGGGCGGGAGGUGAGCGGCCAGGGCUGGAGCGCGGGACUGAGGCGGCCCGGGCCUGAUGCGACGCUGGGGCGGGCGGCUCCGCUCGGCCUCCCAGGGCGUCGGCUGAGCGUUCCCGGCCCGGAGGCCUCUGCCCUGGGCGUCGACUGACCCGACGGACGCGGCCGGGUACCGGGCUGCAGUUCGCGCCGCCGCCCGCCCCGCGGAGCCGCCAGGUCGGUCGCGGAGCUUUUCUCCGGGAAUCUGGACCUCGCUGCUGACAGCAGCAGAGAAACGGGGCGGGCAGAGCUCGAGGUGGAGAAUCGUUCCAGGUCGGGAGACAGCGGGCGCCGGGAUGCGAGGGAACCCGGGCGUCUCCUCCUCGCCGGUGCCCUCGGGCCGUGGCCCCAUUCCAGCUUCAGUUUCCCGAUCUGCAAAAUGGGCUGCAGCGGUGCCACCUGGAGCCGUGGGCUGCCGUGUAGGGCGAAGCCUGGCCCAUGUCCGCCGUCUGUCUUGGAGCCGCACCCAUCCUUUUGGAAGAACCCAGAAAGAACAUGGCUCCUGAGCAGAGGCAAGCGAGGCCCCAGGUGUCAGUGACGUUUGAGGAUGUGGCCGUGCUCUUUACUCGGGAUGAGUGGAAGAAGCUGGAUCCCUCUCAGAGAAGCCUGUACCGAGAGGUGAUGCUGGAAAACUACAGUAACCUGGCCUCACUGGGAUUUCCAUUUACCAAACCAAAGAUGAUCUCUGUGUUGCAGCAAGGAGAAGAACCCUGGAAAGUAGAGAAAGAAAGUCGAGUCUCUUCUCUUGGAUGUAAGAGCAGUCUCCAAACCACAAAAUCAACCCAAACUAAAGAUGCAUCAUUUCAGGAACUAAUGAAAAGACUCAAAAGGGAUGAUCCCUGGGACUUCACAUCAGAAGAACUCUACAGAUCUGAUAACAGUUUUAAAAAACAGGAGAAAAAUGAAACUUUACAAAUAAUUUCAAUCACCCAUAUGAAAAUCAUUAGUAUAGAUAAAAGCCAUAAGAAUUUUGAAUUUAGUUCAGACUUCAGCCUGAAAUCAGUGGUUAAGAAGCAAAAGAUUGCUAGAGAAAAAACACAAAGAAAUAGUUUCAAGGAGAAUUCAAAUUCACUGAACCAACCAAAAAUCAAGACUGCAGAGAAACGCUAUAAAUGUAAUACUUGUGAAAAAGCUUUCAUUCACAAUUCAUCCCUUCGUAAACAUCUGAAAAAUCAUACUGGAGAGAAAUUAUUUCAAUGUAAAGAAUGUUUGAAAGCUUUCAGCCAAAGUUCUGCUCUUAUUCAGCAUCAAAGAACUCAUACUGGAGAGAAGCCCUACAUAUGUAAAGAAUGUGGGAAAGCCUUCAGCCAUAGUGCAUCCCUCUGUAAGCAUCUAAGAACUCACACUUUGGAGAAAUCCUAUACAUGUAAAGAAUGUGGAAAAUCCUUUAGCAGAAGGUCUGGCCUGUUUUUGCAUCAAAAAAUCCAUGCCCGAGAAAAUCCUCAUAAAUACAAUCCAGGCAGGAAGGCAUCCCUUUCAGGGUGUCAAAGAAUUCAUUCAAGAAAAAAGACCUAUUUGUGUAAUGAAUGUGGCAACACCUUUAAGUCUAGCUCAUCUCUUCGUUAUCAUCAAAGAAUCCACACUGGAGAGAAACCUUUCAAAUGCAGUGAAUGUGGCAGAGCCUUCAGUCAGAGUGCAUCACUUAUUCAACAUGAAAGAAUUCACACUGGAGAAAAGCCCUACAGGUGUAAUCAGUGUGGGAAAGGUUUCACUUCUAUUUCAAGACUCAACAGACACCGAAUAAUUCAUACUGGAGAGAAGUUUUAUAACUGUAAUGAGUGUGGUAAAGCCUUAAGUUCCCAUUCAACCCUUAUUAUUCAUGAGAGAAUUCACACUGGUGAGAAACCAUGUAAAUGUAAAGUGUGUGGGAAAGCCUUCAGACAAAGUUCAGCUCUGAUCCAACAUCAGAGAAUGCAUACUGGAGAAAGACCCUAUAAAUGUAAUGAGUGUGGGAAAACAUUUAGGUGUAACUCAUCCCUAAGUAAUCAUCAGAGAAUUCAUACUGGAGAGAAACCUUAUCGAUGUCAGGAAUGUGGGAUGUCAUUUGGCCAAAGUGCAGCUCUUAUUCAACAUCAAAGGAUUCAUACAGGAGAAAAACCCUUUAAAUGUAACACAUGUGGGAAAAGUUUUAGACAGAGCUCCUCACUUAUUGCACAUCAGCGAAUUCAUACUGGAGAGAAACCCUAUGAAUGUACUUCAUGCGGGAAGCUCUUCAGCCAGAGAUCUUCCCUUACCAAUCAUUAUAAAAUUCAUAUUGAAGAGGACUCCUUGAACACAGAUUUGCAUGAGUAAAAGCCUUUCACCAAAGCUAUCAUAGGAUAUAUAUUUCAUAUUGACUUAAUAAAUAAAAUGAAUUUGAGGAAAUUUUAAUUUAGUCCUCUUCAGAUAUUAAAAUUGUAAGAAUAAACCUUGGAUAUGUAAUAAUUAUAGAGAAAAUUUUCGUACUUGUCAGUUGCAGACAUUGACAGGACACCUUGUAAAAGAGACUUUUUUCAUUCUCUUUGUCAGCAUUAUAUAAUAUAUGCAAUAUGCAGACAUUAAAAAAAUCUGAGUUCAGGAGUUCUGGGUUUCUCAGAAAAAAUAUCAGCUCACAUAUUUACUACAGCAAGUAUUUUAAUAGCAAAUAAAAUUAAAUACAUGACUUUCUAAAGCAAGGAA